CACAUUCAGCAAAGAUUACAAAGAAUACUUGCACACCCUGAAUGGAGCUGAGGAGAAUUCCAGGUGUUGCAAGCCUUAGGGGCCAGCGUAGUUUUCCUUAAGAAAUGAUAUUUGAAGAACACUCUCAACAGCAAAAUGGAGGUUAACUAAGGGAAGAGGCAGGGAGGAGCGUCCAGGCCGAGGGAAGAGCACCUGCAGAGGCCCUGGGUGAGAAGGACCUUGCAACAUUUGAGGAUCUAAAUGAAGCCAGAAGAGGCAGGGGCAACAUCAAACACAGGGCCUCGCGCCAACCCUAACGAGUUUUGAUCUUUAAAGAAAUAGCCAGCAGCCUUACAGGGUUUCAAGGAGCGAAUGCCACGAUCGGAUUUACCUGCCCCGCGGCUACAGAGCAGCCCUCCUUACAGCCUGGAAAAAAUGACAGAUCUCGUAGCUGUUUGGAAUGUUGCUUUAAGUGAUGGAGUCCAUAAGAUUGAAUUCGAACAUGGGACCACAUCAGGCAAACGAGUGGUAUAUGUAGAUGGAAAGGAAGAGAUAAGAAAAGAAUGGAUGUUCAAAUUAGUGGGCAAAGAAACCUUCUGUGUUGGAGCUGCAAAGAUGAAAGCAACCAUAAAUAUAGAUGCUGUCAGUGGUUUUGCUUAUGAAUAUACUCUGGAAAUUAAUGGGAAAAGUCUCAAGAAGUAUAUGGAGAACAGAUCAAAAACCACCAAUACUUGGGUAUUACAUUUGGAUGGUGAGGACUUUAGAGUUGUGCUGGAAAAAGACACUAUGGAUGUAUGGUGCAAUGGUAAAAAAAUGGAGACAGCAGGUGAGUUUGUAGAUGACGGGACUGAAACUCACUUCAGUAUUGGGAACCAUGACUGUUACAUAAAGGCUGUCAGUAGUGGGAAGCGGAAAGAAGGGAUUAUUCAUACUCUCAUUGUGGAUAAUAGAGAAAUCCCGGAGAUUCCUGAAUGACUUCGUGUUAAUGAAUUUUAAUCUUAAGAAGUAAAGAUCAGGACUUUUAAAUUACUGUGGUGAUUAAAUAUGUUCAGUAUGUACUUUUCAGUACAUCUAGUCGCCAUGUUUUUAUUUUUUAGUUACUUGAAACUGUAAUGUUCCAAAGGUCAGGAAGAAAAAAUUAUGUAUCAUAAAUAUUGCAAUUUAUUUUGUAAAUAAUGUAAAAUGUUUUAACGUCAAAUGGAAAAUAAGAUAUGGACCAAAAAUCACUAGUGUUUUACAAG